AUGCCCGCGGGGAGUAUGCUGCCGAGUAGUCGACAUGCACUUUUUUAUCUUGUCAUCUUAUUCAUUGCGCUUUUGUGGAGUAGGGAACCUGCAACACCCAUUACACGCCACAUAGGGAAAAAGAAGUGCAAUAAAAAUAAGGGAAUUAUGGGUUGCACUAGCACCAAAGAGAAAAGAAGUGGUGGGUUUCGUGGUGGAGACGAGUCAGGUGGAGCGGGCGCUGGGGAGUUUAGCAGCCUUGCCAAGGAGAAUCCUGUUGCCGCAACGUUGAAAGAGGAGUGGUCCGAUUUUGUACGUUCUCUGUCUGUUUCUGCCUUUUCGGAGGCGCGACGAGAAGUCUGGGCGAAUACGGCAAGCAGCCCCUUGACGCACCGCUCCGUCGAUAAGGUUGGGAAGCUUUUUUUGGUGUACGUAAGGAACGACCUCACGCUUCGCGAGUGGGGUGGUAAUUUUGACUAUACCGUCGUUGGGUUGGCAAACCAAGGCUUUCUCAGGGCCACCGCCACUGUUGAUGCUGGAGGUGGCACUGGACAAUCAAAGGAGGCGGUGUGGGAGGUGAAGGUGCACUAUCACAGUACAACGAAGCCACAGUGA